UAAGUGUUACAUGUUGAUUCCAAGCGCAAAAAAAUACACGGAUAUCUCUUCACGUGCACUGAAUCACGCACUUAAAGCAGUUUAUGUGGACCUAGUUCACACUGGCCCUUUUACUCUCUCAGAAUUCACAUAAUCAAAUUGAUGUCAAAUCUGUAUAUUAGCAUCUUGUCUGUCUGAACAUCUUCAGACCUCAGUCUGAUAAAGGACAAGAUCUUACUGCAGCUCUAUCUUAAACACACACACACACACACACACACACACACACACACACACACACACACACACACACACUUUUGGCUUAAACAUUUUGCUUCUGCCAACUACUUUGAUCAAUCAUCAAACACGAACAUUUUCUCAGCGGGAGGGGCGACAUAUUUUGCUCCAUGGGACAGAUCAUCAGCCUGUUGACUCAAAAUUUCCAACAAAGGACUGUGGACUGAGGGCGCAGAAGGAAACCUUGAAAGUUCAUCCACUCGUGUUUUAAAGAUGCCACACAAGAAGAGAAGCCAUGGUCACCAUAAAACCACGAAGGAGGCGAAAGAAUCGCAGCCUAGCCAGGCCCCACCCAAACCGGCAGCUCAGGUCUCCACUGUGAAGCCUGCACAGUUUGAGAAUGCAUCAUCAGGAUCCGCCAUGGCAACAAAGCCUGUGGUGGCUACCUCAGCAACAGGCGGAGCCAUGGGAGCACACAUUUCAGCAGGAAAAGAGGCACCUAAAGACAAGCCAGAGACUGCACCUGUGUCCCAAGUCAAAGCUGCAGCUACAGGUCCUUCUCCUGCUGCUGGAGCAGCUGCAGCCGCUGGAUUUGCAGCGACCACUGCUGUGACCAAACCUAAAGAGCCACCUAAAGACACAGUCAAGAGUGCCACUGCCACCACAACAGUCAAAGCUGAUGUGCCUAAAGUUGAUCCUGCUAAAACAUCAAAGCCAGCUGCAGCAGACAAGGCUGCAGCUGGAAAUGUGUCUGUGCAGGGGAAGAAAGAAGAAGCUAAACCGACACAACCAAAGGUGCAGGUGGAGGUUCCUCCCACAGCAGCUAAAGGAGCCAAAGAGGCACCUGCGGGGGAUCCAUUUGACGCCCUGGCCAGCAUACUACCAUCAGCUGAUCCUGUCGCACCCCAGCCUGUAUACACUGGGCCAGAGGUCAAAGAGCAUGGCAUCACCUCCGUGAAGGGUCAAAAGUGUGGAGAAAGAGAUGACACGCUCCCUCCAGGCUACAGAUUUGCAGAUAUGGCUCCAGUUCCUGCAGAUGUUAAACCAGAGGUUGUUCCUGAACCACUGAGCACAGACGAGGCCCUGGAUUCUCUUUCAGCUGGAUUCAUGACUUCUACUGCUCCAGCUGCACCCAAGACGCAAGAGAAAAAGGAUCAUGUAGAUAUUGUCAGUGCCUCAUCUGCUGGCCCUGCUAACUUUGCACCACCUCCAGUAAAGAAAUCUCAAACUCCUGCAGCAGUUCCUCCUGCUGAUAAGAAAGCCAAGAUGGAGAAAGCCUCGGAUGAUUUCUCUCUGGCGGCUGGACUUCCCUCUGCUCCUGCCACGAAAGCAGUUCCCCCUGUGGCUGUGUGUCCUGCUCCUCCUGCUGAUAAAAAAGCCAAGAUGGAGAAAGUCUCGGGUGAUUUCUCUCUGAAGGCUGGAUCAGGUACCAAAGUGGACACCAAGCCCAAGACUGAUGACGGCGACUCUCUGUCUCUGGAUGCUCUCAGUGCUCUUGGCGACACAUUGCCAGUGCCAGAACCAAAACCUGAAUCCCCCAAACUCAGACCUGAGGACAUUGUCUCGGAGGACAAACUCAAGAAGAAGAAGGGUGUGCUUGUAGGAGAGAGGGAGGACACACUUCCUCCAGACUACAGGUUUAAAGAGGACAAACUCAACAAACUGCCUGCUCCUAAACCUGAGCCCACCAUGGGCGAUGGUGAGGCUCUGGACAUUUUGUCUGGAGACUUCAUGACCUCCUCAGCAGCUCCUUCUGUCCAGGCUCCUGUUGUCACCCCCACAGCUCCUCCUGCACAGACCAAACUAGAGGAUUUGUCAGCUCUGGACGUACUUGCUGGAGAUUUUGUGGCUCCAACUAAAGCUUCUGGAGUUAAGGCAUCUGUCCCUCCUUCUACCAAGAAGACACCACAGAAAACUGUUUGUCCUGUGGAGCAACCUAGCUCAGCAGUACCACAACAAGCCAAACCCAAGACUGAGAAGGAUGACUCUAUGUCUCUGGAUGCUCUCAGUGCUCUUGGUGACACAUUGGCAGAAGACAAACCAAAACCUGAACCCCCCAAACUCAGACCUGAGGCCAUUGUCUCGGAGGACAAACUCAAGAAGAAGAAGGGUGUGCUUGUGGGAGAGAGGGAGGACUCACUUCCUCCGGACUACAGGUUUAAAGAGGACAAACUCAACAAACUGCCUGCCCCUAAACCUGAGCCCACCAUGGACGAUGGUGAGGCUCUGGACAUUUUGUCUGGAGACUUCAUGACCUCCUCAGCAGCUCCUUCUGUCCAGGCUCCUGUUGUCACCCCCUCAGCUCCUCCUGCACAGCCCUCUGCAGGCUCUGCUCUGGAUGCCUUGGCGGGAGACUUUGUUGCCUCCACUGCUGCUCCGACAGUGAAGUCUGCUGCUUGUGUUCCCACAGAAACUGCGCCGCAGCUGUCAGCCGGAGCAGACAAUGCCCUGGAUGCUCUAUCAAACACCUUGAAGGACAUCGCACCCGCCCCUCAGCCCGCCCCAGUUCCUGUCAAAAAUAUUGUCAAGGAGAAAAAGGUCAAGGAAGAGAGGCUGAUUAAGAUGGGAGAGAGAGACGACUCGCUGCCACCAGAGUAUCAACCCACUAAGGAAGAUCUUAAGAAAAUGGCAGAAGUAAAGGCAAAAGCAGCUGCAAUACCCAAGGAGAAGAGUAUGGAUGAUACAACAGCUUUGGACCUGCUGUCCGGUGACUUCAACGCUCCUCCCAAGCCCGCUGCACCGGUCGCAUCAUCUGCAGCCACAACAAAGCUGGAACCUCCUGCGCUGGACUCAGACCCCCUGAAGCCAAUGGCCGGUCCUGUCCUUGAUUCCCUGGCUGGCAAACUGCUCCCAGACGCCCCAGAGUUCAAACCUAAGACAGACAAACCAAAGGGCAAGAGCAAGUCAAAGUCUAAAAAACAUGCAGAGGACCCAUCUGCCACUGAUCAGCUAUCAGCUCAGCUGAGCUCAGACGUUGUGCCAACAUCUACAAAGAAAGGAGGCAAGAGCUAGACCACUGGGCUGUUGGUGCAAUUUGUCCUCCCGGCCACAGGGACGCAUCAGUGAGGGAGCUGCUCUCUGGAUAAUGUUUCUAUUUUAAUAAAUCGUCAAGAAUGUAUACUGGAUGAAAGACGAACCUAGACAUACCCAUAACACUUGCUCAACACACACACACACACACACAAACACACACACACAGAUACACAGCUCUGCGUGCAGCGCCUGUCUUGCUGGGUUUCACGUGUAUUUAAGGAUGAGAAGCUUUUGGUUUCUGUCUUUAGAGAAAAUGAAAAGAAGACUUUUUAUGACAAGAUGGAGAAUGAAAGAAUGAGUGAUGAACAGACAAAGAAAGGAGGGAAAGUGCGGGGAUUGAAAAUCACUUAAUCACUUAUCUAAGCCUGGUGGUGUUGUGACGUUGGUUGGAGCAGUGGUGACUGUCAGCUUGCGUGGGAGCAGUAUGGAGUGGGUGUAUAGCAUCUGGAUGUUUGUGCAAUCUUGAUGUACACAGAAAAGCCAAAUUUUCUAUCAUGAUGUGGUCAGAUGCCAUUAAGACACUAGUGUACAGCUUAGUUUGCUUAUAGUUUGGACACAUAGUUUCCAUUUUUGAAUACGUGGAGGAUUUCCAGGUGGUGUUCUGCUUAAUUCUGUAUCCGAUAGAGCUUCUUGCAAAUGCCUUUUACUUUCUGUAGAGAAAUAUCUGUCAAAAGAAGGGUCUUUUGUAUGUAUUUGGCCUUGUAGCAAAAAAACAAAAUGACUGGUGUCUAGAAGUGCACUUAGUGAACUGGGCUGAGCUUUGUAAACUUCCUUUGUUUGUAUACUGUAAAAAAAGAAAAAAGAAAAGACAUCUCUAUAUAAGACAACACUGUAUAAUUUACAAAGGGCUUUCAACUGUAAAAGUCAAAAAUCAAUAUACUUUCCCCAAGUUAGCUUUUUUUUUUCAUGUCAAAGAUUUUGUGUGGGUGUGAGUCAAAAUAUAUGGUGGUAUUUUAGAUGCGGGAAUACUAAUUAAAUAAAACCAGGGAAGUCGCUGUAUGUAGAGUCUGGUGUCUACGAUUUGUGUCUAAAAUGAGAAGCAAAAACUAACACGAACUGCCUGGAUAUGUGGAGAAAAGGCUACAUCCUGCAGGAAAUCAAUAAACACUGUUUUCUUAAAGGUGCAAGGGAAAUGUGUGUUAAACUGAACGGGAACAGAAUCUCCUCUGAAAGUAUUUUUCUCUCCUCCUGACUUAGUGGUUUUUCACUCUACAUGCAGUUGUAGCAGCCCACUUCCUUUUGACUCGGGGGGGGGGGCUUAAAACGAAUCACAUUUCUUUCGCUCAAACUACAUGUUUAACUUUAUGUUUCUGUGACAGGACCCUGAAUGACUGAUGGGGAUGCAAAUGAGUGGGUUUGAUGUGUGAAAAAAAAUUAUAAAAUAAGAAACAUAAAUAAAGACAAAUACAAUUCA